GUCCCUGGAGACGAUUUUAGGCAAAGUGGUGCCGGGUCUGGAGUCCCACCUGGUUGAAAUAGACGGAGACGUGCUCUGCCUGUACGGUUCCGGAGCUCUGGAGUCCCUGGAUCGGAACUGGAGCGUCCAGACGGCGGGAAACAUCGUUACCAUCGCUUUCAUUUUCAUCGACUUCGAUGAAAUCAUCCCGGUGCUAUCGAAACUCAAGAUCAAGUUCCCCAAUUUUCUGCACUUGAAGUUCAAGGAGACCAACCUAACCACGCUGCAGCAGUUCAACGCCUUAGCUCACCUGCGCCGGCUCGAGCAGCUGACGGUCGAGUCCGAGGGGAACCCCGUGGUCACCUUCACCUUGUGGAAAUUCUACGUCCUGUUCAGGCUGAACCAUUUUAACCUGCAAAAGAUCAACGGGUCGGAGGUUACCCAGAACGACAUGAUAAUGGCUGAAAGACUGUUUGGGAUCUUGGCUUAUGUGGCAUCUUCCAACAUGCCCUACUACCGGCUGAUCUCGCUGCUGGGAGAUUGCAGGUAAACAACUGAGGUGGAGCAGAAGGGCAGUUGG